AUGCGUGGAAUCCUCACCCUUGUCGCCCUUGGGGCUGCGGCUAUCCCCCAAGCAAGCGCCGCUCCCAAUGAUAGACAAAAGAGCAUGAUUGAUUUGCCUUUGAAGCUAUAUCAAAAUGGUUUCAAUACAGACCUGAUUACCAUCGGAACUCCUGCCCAAGCCACCAGACUCUUCGUUGAUUGGACCUGGAUAGGUGCAUACACCGUCUCUACCAAGUGCAACCAUACCAAUAAUGCUUUUGGCUGUCUUGCUCCUGGCCAGAGGCUCUUCAAUGAGACCCAGUCUACUUCCCUCGUCAACCAGACCAACCUAUAUCCAACUCGAACAUGGAACCCCAACCAUUUCUUUAUGGACAAGGAUCUUACCGCCGUCUUUGCUUCCGAUAUGUAUCGAGUCGGCGAUCGCGAAUCCCGAAUCACACUCCAGCUCUCUCAAUUGAACUGGAAAGCGCCAUUUCCGUACCCAUUCAGCGGAAUUUUUGGCAUGUCUCCUGUCUUCAAGUCAGACAACGCGUCCAUCCAGGCUCCAUUCCACCAGAUGAUCCAACAGAACAAAUUCCACUCUGGGAUUACAUCAUUCAUUUAUUGCUAUAGCGAUGAGCCAGGAUAUAAGUCGCCGCCGAAAGAACGAUGCAACGGAAACGAUGGCAUUCAAACUCUUGGCGGAUAUCAUCACAGGGACAUCGGAUGGCGUGGGAUCGAGUGGAUCAAUACUAUUGUCUUCCCGAUCGUGAAUGACAUCGACUUUAUCUAUAACCCGGCUUUCUAUAACUACUGGUCUAUCCCCGUCACAAAACACUUUAUCGGUAAUGAAGAGCAGGCUCUCAAUACCACUACAGGCUCUGCAGUAGUCUUUGAUCAUGCCAGUUACGGCCGCGGUGCUGCUAUGUCUGUUGCCAGUUACAGACGUCUUGUUUCCAUUACCAAUGCCCAACCUGUUAAUCUUACGAAGGUCACUCUUCCCAACAAUGGCAAGCAACAGUUCUACUCCGUUGACUGCGGCAAAGUUGAUUCGUUCCCAGCCGUGAAAUACCAAUUCGGCAAAUGGCGCCGAGUCUGGAGCAUUGAGGCUCGGCACUACAUCUCUAAGGCUAAGACCAUGGAUGGCAAGGACGUCUGUGUCCUCAAUGUUCGUGUUGUUGGCGAAGGGGAGAACUUUAUUAUCGGUAACCUGGGCGAGAAUUUUGCCAAGGAUAAGGUUAUUCUCUUCGACUUUGAAAAGAAUAGGGUUGGCCUGGCUGAUUUCCGUGACUAA